AUGUCGGAGAGCAGAGACACAGUGUUACAGCAAGUGGAAGAGUUGAGACGCUCAAAUGCAGCUCUUCAGACAGAGAACGAGGUGUUUAAGAUCUUCCUCAGUCAGCUGGAGUCUCUCAGCCUGGCCUCAGAGCUCGAUGCCGAGAUGGAGAAGGAAGCGGAGGCACCAAAUCUCCUGACUCUGGAAGAAAAGUAUUACGUUGCAGUGUGCAUGCUGGACGAGACAAGGAAAGAACUGAAGCAGCUGAGUUUAAGUUUAGCAAAAAAUACAGAGAAUUACAAGGCUUCUAUAGAGGACUCUGACAUGCGGCUAGCAGAAAUAAAAAGGGAAAGGCACGACUUUGAACAUUUCAUCGCUAAAACUCAACAGGUGCAAGCUCUGGCACUGAGAGCUCAGAAGGCCAUCGGGUACAUGGAGCGUAAAAUAAAAGCGAAGAAAGCUCUGACAGAGAGGAUGCGUAGGAGGAACACCUUUUUGCGGACGCAAACCUGCAAGCAGAAGCGCAUUGUGCAUCAGAAGGAACAGAUGCAGGAAAAGCUGCGAAGUAUCGACUUGGAGCACCUGAAGCAAAAGAACAUCCAAUACAGGGAGUUGUUCCAAAAGUACCAAGAGUUACUGCGGUCUCAUAGAGUGCUGGUUCGAAAGAGUCAGCAUGGCCUAAACGUUUACAAGGAGCGACUCAAGAGGGAAAUGGAUGAGUCGGAGUCGCUGAGCAGAAAAAUCGCUUCUUACGAGGAAAAGCUGGUGAAGAUCAGAGAGCAACAGCAGAAGGUCGAGACGGAGCGAGCUCAGGCUGAGGCUCUGAACAAAAAGCUGAAAUCUCAGUUGGAGAAUUUCCAUGUCCCUGAUGUCAUGACAUACGUCGAGUCCAAGGUCACCACAGAACGGCUCAGGAAGACCGUCAAAGCCUUGGAGCGCAAGGCGAGGAUUGCUGAGAUGGGAACUAAGGCUAAGAAAACCAGUCCAGGAGAAUUGUCAAGCUUCAGUAGGAGUGAUGGCCAGUAAUCCAUGAUGACUUUAACCUUGAGUCCACUGAUCAACUGAAACGAAUGGUUAUGACCAUAACUUCUGUUCCCUGAAGAAGAGGAACGAGGUACAACACACAUUUUAUGGGAUAUCAUGUCCUGACAUUUUUACUCCUUUUUACUUCUGAGCUCAGCAAAACCAAGUCAAAAUGUCUCGGAGCCAAAAACAUAGCUGGCAACUUCAGAUGGUUAAU